AUGCCCGGCUGUACUUUUCAGUAGGAAAACCCGGGCUGCGCGUCCUUUGGCAGACAGGAGCCGGGGAGAGGGCACGGCGCAUCCCGGGGAUACUGUGUCCUGGAUCCACCCCCGGCUGCUGAGAUCACUGGAGACAGUCAGAGCCGCGGAUCAAGUGCACUGUCCUGUAAUCGAUUGCCGAGCGCCUGGAGCUGCCAGCCUGUAUUUAUUGGCCGUGUGUCUGGGGAGGCUGGCUGCUGCCUGCUUGAUCCGUUUCUCUGGGUUUGACCAGCUGUCCCGGGCUAACCCCUGCCUGGCUCUGUGCUGAUCAUGGAGGAAGUAGGAGCUGGAUUACCCUCGGCUGCGGCACAACUGCCCUAGUGCCCGGAGCAGCAGAGCGCGGGGAGGCAGCGGGCAGCCGCAGAGCCCGGGAUGGCAGUGUGGCCCCGCGUGCCCUGCUAAGCACUGCUCUUUGACUAUGGAAACAGAGAGACCCGAUGGAUACGUAACUAGUGAUAAUGAGCUUGUGCCCGAGAGGGACCACUCCAAUAUGGCUAUAGAUUUGACCUCCUGCACACCCAAUGGGCAACAUUCCUCCCCUAAUCACUUGGCAAGCACAAACUCUGUGAAGUUGGAGAUGCAAAGCGAUGAAGAAGUAGACCGAAAGACGCUUCGUCGAGACGCCCCACUGCAGUCGCAGGAUGAUGAGAGUGGACUCGAAGAGUCAGGGGCUGAGACCAAUGGCAUCUCUGACAGCCGCAUGAACCAUGAUAUGUCUCAGGACGGCGGAAUCCGGCUUCCGAAUGGUAAACUGAAAUGUGACGUCUGUGGCAUGAUUUGCAUUGGCCCCAAUGUGCUAAUGGUCCAUAAGAGGAGUCAUACGGGGGAACGUCCGUUUCAUUGCAACCAAUGUGGAGCAUCGUUUACUCAAAAGGGCAACCUACUGCGCCACAUUAAGCUGCACUCCGGGGAAAAACCUUUUAAGUGUCCAUUUUGUAGCUAUGCCUGCCGACGGAGAGAUGCACUCACAGGCCACCUUAGAACACACUCGGUAGGCAAACCUCACAAAUGCAACUACUGUGGCCGGAGCUACAAGCAGCGCAGCUCCCUGGAAGAACAUAAAGAACGCUGUCAUAAUUACCUGCAAAAUGUGGGGAUGGAGAGAGGCCAGGGAGCGGGGUCUCAUGGUGCAUCUCCUUUGGAGGAGUGUAAGAAUCCAGAGAUCCUGAUGGAAAACAGCAUGUCUCUGAUGCCCUUUGAAAGACCAGCUGUUAUAGAGAGACUUGCCAGCACCAUGGGGAAGCGUAAGAGCUCCACCCCACAGAAGUUUGUGGGUGAAAAGCUUAUAAGGUUUGGUUAUCCAGAUUUGCCGUUUGACAUGAAUUUGGCCUAUGAGAAGGAAGCAGAAUUAAUGCAGUCCCAGAUGAUGGACCAGGCAAUUAACAAUGCCAUUACUUACUUGGGCGCAGAUGCACUGCGGCCCCUGAUUCAUCACUCCACUGGCACCAUGUCUGAAGUAGCUCCUGUUAUCAGUUCAGUUUACUCUCAGGUCUACCAUCCAAGCAGGGUGGAGAGGCCUACCAGCAGGGAAAGGGCAGACAGCAGUGAUAACAAUAUGGACGGCCCGAUCUCCCUUAUUAGACCAAAGAGUCACCUUCAAGAGAGGGAGGUAUCCCCCAGCAACAGUUGCCUGGACACCACUGAUUCUGAAAGCAGCCAUGAUGAUCGACAGUCCUACCAAGGAAAUCACGCCUUAAACCAUAAGAGAAAGCAGAGUCCGGUAUAUUCCAAGGAAGAUGGCAAAGCUCUAGAUGCCACCAAGGCUGGAUUGGGCACUUCCAAAGAGGUCUAUAAAGUAUAUAAUGGUGAAGGAGAGCAAAUUAAAGCCUUCAAAUGUGAGCACUGCCGUGUGCUUUUUCUUGAUCACGUCAUGUAUACAAUCCACAUGGGCUGUCAUGGUUAUCGGGACCCACUUGAAUGUAACAUUUGUGGUCACAGGAGUCAGGACCGCUAUGAAUUCUCCUCACACAUAGUACGUGGAGAGCACCCGUUCCAAUAGUCCAGAACUGGAGAGGUGCUUCUAUGAAGUAGAACUGCACAUGAAGAAUACUGCACUUAAGCUCAUCCUCUUUCCUCCAGACUUUAGACAAUUUUAAGUUAGAUGUAUUUUCAAGCAUAUGUAAUAUCCUUUCUCCCUGAGACGUCACAGUCCACAAUUCUUGUGGAAACCAUUUAAAGAGUAACUACCAAAAUUCUGGUAUUACCUAUGGGACUUCUGCGUUACUGAGGUUUGUUGUUGUAAAUGAGCCAUUAAAUAGACAUGUACUACUGAAUGCUCAAAACUGAUCUCCUGGUUGAGGUCAAAUAUCAUAAAACAUAUCCAUAGAGAAGAUGUAGCUUAAAAAGCUACCAUUUGCUUACAUUGAGGGAUGGUGGUCCAAAAGUUAGAAAGUCUUUUUUGUUUCCUAAGUUAAUUCUAUACUGAUAACCAACAAGUGGUGUUUUUGACAUUUAGCUUAAUCUGAGUUAAGCGGUUAGGUCACCUUUGGACCAGUUCUUAACAUUUACUUUUAUUUAGUAUUGUGUGAUGAUGGCAGCAGAUCAUGGUCUACAGAUAUGUCUGUAAACGUAAAAUUUAAGUGUCUACAUUAUAAUCCUAUACGUUAACUCCUUUGUACACAUUUCUAACCUGCAAUACAUUAUG